UCUUGUAUUAUAAGAAGUCAUAGAGCUUCUCCUUGUUAUCCUUCGUUACUUUUUGUCCAAAAAGACUGACCGUUUCUUCUGUAUCUCUCUCUUUAAUUAUAAAAUUCUUCUUCCGGAAAUUCUCCUUUCAGAGGGACCAGUUUCUUCACUUCUCUGUACAGCUUGCUCAAAAGUCCUGCUAGGAGCAGCAGCGCCGGCGAGGAGCACGCCAGCCGACAGCCCGAUCGUCCCCUCCCUUUUCCCGGCGAGUUUCAGGCAACCAACAACCGUCAGCAAGAGCUGGACGGCGUCCAGCGAGGCAGCAGCUCCGACCAACGACGCAGGGACGCCGAGCAACACCUACAAAUCGGUUUAGUCAGUUUAGAGCUUUGUGACCAUGGUUUAUUAAAUAGGUCUGCUAAGAUUCAUCUCAGGAGAAACCAAGGAGUAUGAGAUACAAUUUCGAGGAGGAGGAUGGUGGCCGUCAAUCUGAAGAUGUGGAAUGGCUACCCUUACAACACCACCCUGUUUUUUCUACUCCGCCGGACAGGGAUAGGGAUGGAGACAGGGCCUUGACAAUGCCCAAAAAUCUUUUAGCAUGGGACGGAGCUUCUCGUCUCUACUUUUGGGACUCCUACAAAACCUGUUUGCAUCGACUCUCUCUUCGAUUGGGCGAACCUGAUCCAACUUCUCUCCUUGCAGCUUCUCCCUCUAAGGUAUUGCAAGCUGAUGUGCAAUUGAAUUCUGAGGUUCAGCGAAUUUCCAUUAACAGAAAUGGAUCAGCACUGUUCCUAAUUAGCUUGGAUGGUUUAUACGUCAUGUAUCUCUAUGGGAGGACUUCGACAAAAGAAAAUACAAUUAUUUGCCGGUAUAACUUCCUCAUUUUGGUUUUGUAUGGUUAUGUUUUCUUUGGAUUCCAGUGUGUUUCAAAAACAAUAGUGUUAUUGUAAUUCGUAACUAUUUUUCAUUUGAAAUGUACAUUCUCCUAUA